AUGAUCAUCCCGGUGCGCUGCUUUACGUGCGGCAAGGUGAUCGGCAACAAGUGGGACAAGUACCUCGAGCUGCUCCAGUCCGACUACACCGAGGGAGACGCGCUUGAUGCGCUCUCCCUGAAGCGCUACUGCUGCCGCCGCAUGCUGCUGACCCACGUCGACCUGGUGGAGAAGCUGCUCAACUACAACUCACUCGAGCGGGGAGACGCGGGAGGCGCCAAUAUGGACGAUGGCGCGUGA